AAAAUUUUCAUUGUCAGUGGACAACAUUUGUUGUCUAGGGCUAACAUCCAACCCCAACAAUGGACCGGACGUGGGCAACUUUAAAUUUAACUAAACCUAGUGCUCUUCGGGCAGAGGAAGAAUUACAUUUACUAGGAUGGAAUGUUCCCCCAGAAGAACUCAUUCAUAUCCCAGAACAUUGGCUCACUUAUCAAGAACCACCGGCAUCCGUUAAUUAUUUGUUAGGCCUCCUGUACAUUUUUUUCUUUUUUGCAUCAAUUAUUGGCAAUGGUUUGGUUAUUUGGAUAUUUUCAAGUGCGAAAGCGUUACGGACUCCCUCUAAUAUGUUUGUAGUAAAUUUAGCAAUUUGUGAUUUUAUGAUGAUGUUGAAAGCUCCAAUUUUUAUUUACAACUCAUUUAAUCGAGGAUUUGCAACGGGUCAUCUUGGUUGCCAGAUAUUUGCCUUUAUGGGAUCGUUGAGUGGUAUUGGAGCUGGUGCUACAAAUGCCUGCAUUGCAUACGAUCGGUAUACAACAAUUGCUAAACCUUUUGAUGGCAAGAUGACAUCAACAAAGGCGCUAGUCAUGAUUAUUGCUGUUUGGAUGUAUACGUUGCCAUGGGGAAUUUUACCAUUAUUAGAAUUUUGGGGGCGUUUUGUGCCUGAAGGAUAUUUGACAUCAUGUACAUUCGACUAUUUAACUAAAACGUUUGACAAUCAAAUGUAUGUUGGAGUGAUAUUCGUGUUUUCGUAUGUUUUACCAAUGUCUUUAAUCAUAUAUUACUAUGGUCAAAUUGUUAGCCAUGUAAUUGCCCAUGAGAAGACACUUCGAGAACAGGCUAAAAAAAUGAACGUAGACUCCUUACGAAGUAAUCAAAAUCAACAAUCACAAUCAGUAGAAAUACGAAUCGCAAAAGCAGCUAUCACAGUUUGUUUCAUGUUCGUGGCGUCUUGGACACCAUAUGCCGUACUUGCUCUUAUUGGAGCAUUUGGUGAUACAACUCUACUUACUCCAGGUGUAACGAUGAUUCCAGCUUGUGCUUGUAAAUUUGUUGCAUGUAUAGAUCCAUACGUGUACGCUAUCAGUCAUCCAAGAUACCGAAUGGAAUUACAAAAGAAAUUACCAUGGUUAGCUAUAAAAGAAUCUUGUGGUGAUGAUUCAACAUCAACGACAACCGAAUCAACAGCGGCAACUACACCGGCAACCCCAGCAGCGCCUGUAGCUACGUAAAAAUUAAACGAAUCUUAUCAAAUAUAGGAUAUAUUCCGAUAUAUACUUUGUGUAUUGAUGUGUAUAGCAGCUUUACAAAAAUAAGCUGUAAAUGUCGAUUCUACAAAACGAUUUUUGAUCAUCAUUCAUCAAAACAAUCAAUACUCGCUGUGUAUAUCGGCUAAAUUCCAUAAUAUAAGAAUUAUUUUUGCCAAAAUUACUUACAACUAAAUUCGUUUCAAAUAGUUUCAGUUCCAACAAAAAAAGAAAUUGAAAAUUUUUAUAAACGAUAUUUUAUGACGACUUCGAUUUUACUAAGGUAUUAAACGAUUUUUGAAUAUUUUAGAAUAACUUUCAACCUUCCAUUUUUAUGUUAAUUUUUGUUUAUAGACAAUCCAUAGAUGCUCACUGUAUUUAUCUCCAUGUUCACUGUUCCUUUGUUUAGGGGCCUAAUAAUUAUGAAGAACUUUGAUUACGAGUAUUCAUUCUCCCCAAUAUAAUGUUUGUGACCUUAUGCGAGUUGUUUCAAUUUUUAAUGUUUAAUGUGUCCUUUAUUCAAUUAAAGAAUAAUGAACAAGAGAAAAAAACAUUGAACGUUUGUGGAUCGCUUUAGAUAUUUUUUAAAUUUUAUUUAAAACUGGUAAAACUAAA